AUUAUUAAGAUCCGCAAAUCCUGAAUUUUAGCAAAUUCCGGUGUCAAACACAUGAAUGAAACAAAGUUACAACAUUAAUAUUCCUUCUGUCUCCCUUCUCCUAUAUAUAUUAGGUAUCCACAUGAGAGGUCUACCAAAUCAAACCUGAGUUUAGCAUUUCAUUGGCAUCUAUUCCUCCUCCAACGAAAAUGGCUUCAACAACUAAAGUUAGUGUUCAUUCUCGUUCCAUUAGCUUCCCAUCCAGAUCUCAUCCUUUUACUGUUAGUGUUGAGGAGCACCUGUGCAGAUUAAGGACCCUAGAAGAGACAACCUCUUCAUCAACAACUAAAUGCAACAAAUUAUCCACGCUUAUAGACUUGUACGAGUGUGUAGAAGAUUUGCUUCAAUUGCCAGCUGCAAAGCAAGAUUACUUGAGCUGUGCAGAGGAUAUUCUUUGCGGAUCUAUUAGGUUAUUGGAUUUGUGCAGCACCUCAAAAGAUUCUCUCUCACUAAUGAGAUCCUCCGUUCAACAAUUUGAGUCAUCUAUAAGAAGAAGAGAAUCUGAUAUAUCAAGCAAAACUGGAAGCUAUUUGAUCUGUAAGAAGAAAGUGAAGAAAAUGAUCUCCAAGUGCUUUACCAGUUCUAAGAAGUCGAAAAUUAACAAAAGCACUGAGACUCCAGCUAUUGUUGGCCUUCUGAGGGAAGUUGAAGAAGUCAGCAUCAGAGUAUUCGAGUCCAUAUUUUCCUCCAUCUGUCCUGCAAAGGUAACAUCAAACAGAUGGUCUUUGGUUUUCAAGUCAACACAAUCCAAACGUGUACAUUGUGAAGGGGACAUAGAAGAAAAUAUCAACCAAAUUCAAAAGAUGGAUAUGAUUUUAGAAGCUCUGAACAAGAAAUCAAGCAAAGCAAAUGAUAUCUUGGGAACUCAAGAGGUCUUAAAAUGCCUGAUGGCAAUGGACAUGAACAUGCAAGAAUGUGAAGAAAAAUUAGACUUACUAGUCCGAUCAUUGAUCAAGACACGAGUGUCCAUACUCAAUGUUCUCAACCACUAGUCCUUUUUUGGAUAGACUAUUGCUACAUCCCCGAUUUUUUGUGAGGGAUGAGUUUUUGUUGAUGAUUGUACAGAAACUGUAUAUGUUUACAUUCAAAUCAAAGUUAAAA